AAUUUUUUUUUCUUUUUUUUUUGUACUUAACAAUGUCUAAUAACAUCGAACCUAAAGUUACUGAAAAUUCAGAUGAGCAGGUUAAUUGGAUUGAAGAUACUAUUUCAAAAAGUUACUUUAAAUAUUACGAAUACAACCAUUUCAGAAAUAUUCAAGAAAUUGGCUUCGGAAGUUUUAAAAAAGUUUAUCGUGCAAACUGGAAUGAUUCUCAUAAAUAUUUAGUGUUGAAAUCUUUUUCUAAUAUCAACAAUGUAACAGUCAAAGAAAUAGUUAAUGAAGUUAAACAUCAAUAUGAAAUGGAUUUUCAUGAAAAUAUUAUUCUCUUUUAUGGUAUUACUAUAGAAAAUCAAGAUGAUGAUUCAAAAAAUUGUUUGUUAGUGAUGGAAUAUGCCGAUAAUGGUACACUUCGAAACUAUUUAAAAGAAAAUUUUGAUAGUCUAGAUUGGAACAAUAAGUUAAGCCUUGCACUUCAAUUAGCUCGUGCCGUAUCAUAUUUACAUGAUAAAGGAAUUGUGCAUCAUAAUCUGCACUCGAACAAUGUAUUAGUUCAUCAAGGGAUCAUCAAAUUAACAGAUUUUGGAUUAUCAAAAAGAAUUGAAGAAUCAUCCAAUCUUCAAUCAAAUUUCUUUGGCAUGGUUGCUUAUAUUGAUCCAAAAUUAUUUGAACAAAAAAGAAGCAAUAAUCACCAAACACAAUCAUACUCAUUAAAUAAAAAGAGUAAUAUUUAUAGCGUUGGUGUACUCUUAUGGGAAAUAUCUAGUGGUCGACCACCUUUUUGUAAUGAACCAUCUGAUAUAUCAAAUAUUGGUUUGGAUUUGAAAAUUUUACAGGGGCUUAGAGAAAAACCUGUCGCUAAUACCCCUGAAGAUUAUGUAAAAAUUUAUAUUGGUAAAUAUAAUUAAUAUAAUUUAAAUUUAUAUACAAUAUUAUGGUAUUGAUUAAUUAUUUAUUUAUAUACUGUAUGUACUUUAUAUAUUUCUAGAUUGUUGGAAUCAUGAACCAGAUAAUCGUUCGAUUAUCAAUGAAGUUAUUG